AGCUUUUCCACAAUGAACCAUUACCAGACCUUGUGCUCUCCCCCCAGUGUCCAACCUCUAGGGAAUGUCUUGUAGAUUUAGCAGUUUCUUUGGCAAGACGGAUCAACAAUCUUGAGCUUCGUAGCGAUUCUCAGCCAUGGAUGACACGGCGUCGCUCUUCUUCCAGCUGACUCCGCAGCAAUCUCUCCCGCCUCGUUUGAAUGACAUCCCCGCAGCCGCUGGUUGGCUGCGGAGCUUCGCCGGGCACAGCUGGCUGGCUUACGGCGCCGGUGGCUGCGUUGUAAUCACAACCGCUCCCUGGCUCGUGCACGGCAGCGGCGCGCGAGAGGACAGCCUGCCACGUGGCGCUCGUUUCUACCACCAGGUCCUGGAACUCCCGCCGUCACUCAAUCCAGAAUCUGCUGACGUGGAUCUCGCAUCACACUCAUAUCCAAUCUUACCGACGACAAUCUUGCCUGAUCAGAGGAGGCAGGAAGGUAGCGCUGCAGGGAAAUCGCCGACUUCGGAGGAUGGGGAGCAGGUAACCGUUGUGACCUGGGCAGCAUCCGAGAGCAGAUUGGCGGGAGUUUUGGCAGCAGCUAAGGGAACCUGCGCGUAUCUCUUCUCUCCUUGCUGUCAAGAUGGCUCGCAGCUACUGGCUUUGCUACCCGGAGCAUGGUCAGAUAUCCCUCUCUCAUGGCAGCCGGCUCAGCUAAUCAAAUUUCCUUCCAAGGUCAUCUCCCUCGCAUGGACGGGCUCAGCAGAUGGCCUUCUGAUCAGCGGCGAGUCAAAUGUCGCCAUGUGGCACCGUUCCAAGAGGAAGCAGCAGGUGACGCCCCUGCUGCAGCCGCUGACGUGUCUGUGGCAGGUGCAGGCACGUGUCGCACAGGGACUGCCCGCGACCUCACUGCACGCAGACGGAUUUGCUGCCACUGCUGACGUGGCAGUAAGAGGAGGGGAUGGAUGUGUAGCAGGGUCGGCAUGGGGACGGCCGAAGGGCAUGGCUAGGGUCUGGUACUUCUGGGGAGAUCAAUGUUCCGCUUUUGACGGUGAUGGGGAGAUUGGAAGCAGGAGCAGAUUGGUCAACGGGAUGUCCGAGGGAGUUUCACGCGUUUCGGGAGGAGAGGAAGCUGGGGAGGGUGUGAUGGAUAGAGAGGGGGAUGCGGAGGGAGAGGAGGAUGAGGAGGAUGAGGAGGAUGGGGAGGAGGAAGCAGAGGAUGAUGCUGUGUCCGUGGUUGAUCUGCCGCAUCCAGCACCUGUUGUGGCCGUCCAGUGGAGGCCACAAGAUAGGACCUCCAGGCCUUUGUCUUCUUCUGGGGUAGGUGCAACUGGCGCUGGUGCAGGUGGAUCAGCUGCAUCAGGCUCGGUGCCGUACCACCGUCCGAUCCUAAUGACCUGUGCUGAAGACGGUACGGUGCGGCUAUGGAUGGAGAUUGACAGUGGCAGCGGCCGGACCAGAGGGGGAGGCUCGGCAGGAGCGGCAGGUUCGGGGAGUCGGGCUGGGAGCCGGAUGAGCUCGCCGAAGCACCCAGGGAGCAGCAGGUACGGGAACCAGAACGAGAACCCGAACCUGGAGGCUGGGUUCGGUCAGAAGCGAGGGAAGGGGGCGGAGAGACAGGUGGCUGACGAGGGUAGAUGGGCGAGUCCCCCUGCUUUUUUCGUGUGUGCUGUUGUUGAUGCAAACAUGUCUCUAGGCGGGAGAUUGGGGAUGGAUAUUUCUGUGCUGUGGUCCAAGGAGGUUCGGGUGGGGGAUGGAAGUAAGAGUGUGAGUGCGGGAGGAGGGGGAGCAGGAGGAGGAGGAGGAGGGGGGUCGUUUGGAGUGGAGUUGAUACAAGGAGGUGAUGUGGCGCCCUGUGAGUGGCUGGUUGGCGUGGGCCCACGUGGCACCGUGGUUCUCUGGGCCGUGUUCUGCCUGGAUGACACGUCACCGCCCCGCUGUCCGCGACUGAUGAUGUGGCAGCAGGCAACUGGCGUUCUGCAGAAUAAGGGACUCGGCCACACGCACACGGAGAGUCGCACCCACAAUCACACCCACCCUCACAAUCACCUUUCCUGCCCUAGAACCCACCUUAUCUCAGCCAUCGUCCAAAGAGUCACCGGCCAGUCCGGCAGCCCUCCCAUGGCAGUCGAAAUCGCAGAGAAGCUGCCCGGGAGCUUUGUCCGCUGGUCGCGCCUGUGGCCGCCUGUGCUUGCGAUAGGAGCCGGGGGGAAAACGGGCGGCAGGAUUGGGGUCAGUUCGGAUGGAGCAGCAGGGGGAGGCGGAGGGGCAAGCCAUAGCGGCGUGGGCUACAACAGCCACAUCAACAGCAGCAACACCGUCGGCAGCAACAGCAGCAGCACCAUCAGCAGCAGCAGCAGGAAGGCAGCAUGGGGGUGCGUGAGCCAGCACCUGCAGCUCACGGGGCACAGAGGGGCGAUAUCAGAGAUGGCUGUUCACCCUGCGCCAGCCUUCCCCAUCGCUGCUACCCUGGACGCCCACGGCAGUACCCUCCUGUGGGGCCCACGCACCCCUCCCUGGCUGUCGCUGCUCACAGAAGCCCCAGAAGGUUGCUCUAAUGAGUGGGUUCUGCUGGGCUCGCUGCCCUGCCUCGCCCACCUUCCCUCUGCUGUGGCUCAAUCGAGUGUGCCUGUAGAGGGAGCUGCGUCUCAGCAGCAAGUUCUGUCUGCAGCAGCAGACCUGGCAGCAGAUUCAGCAGAUUCAGCAGCAGCAGCAGCAGCAGGGUUAGCAGGCAGUGGGGGUAGUUACGUGAAGGGUUUCUCACGGCUGGCGUGGGCCCCUGUCCUGCUGCCAGGUGGCGCAAGCAUACUGGCUGUUGCUGGCGUGGCGAGUGUGGAUUUGUAUCUAGUGAGACGCGUGCGUGAGGGGGAGGACAGGGAGCAUGGAGGGGGAAUGGGGGACCAUGAUGGUCAAGGGGAUCUUGGGGGUCAUGGGGGUCAUGGGGAUUAUGCUGGUGAUGCAGAAGAGCAUGCGGAGUGCCGGUGGUUGUGCUCUCUUACUUCCCGGAAUGCAUCGCCUGAAGCACUUCCAGAAGAUGCUGCAGCGCCAGCAACGGCCACAGCUGAGGCUACAACUGCUGCUACAGCUGGCCCAGCUACAGCCGGUCCGUUCCUGGGUGUGGCCUGCCUGCCCCACUCACCUCACUCGGAAGCCCAUGUGUCGUCCUAUGCAGACAAAGAGCAAGCCGGUUCAGCUUUUGCAGGGAGGGAGAGGACCCGAGUGCUGGGAGUGGCGCAGGGAGGGCUCUGUGUGUGCGUGUGGACAGUGGAGAUAUGCACAACGAGUGGGGAGGUAGGGUCUAUGGCAGCUGGUGAGAGCGACACAGUGGCUGGGCCAAAGGUGGGAAAAGGAGGGGGAGAAGUGACGUGGGAUGCGAGUGCACGGGCUGUGGGCUGGCUGGUGGGUGUGCAGGAAGAGGAGCGGCAUGGAAGUGCACAGGGGCGCCUAUACAUGCCAUGUACUGUGAUUGUAACGAGCAUGAGUGUGCUCAGGUUCCAAAGCAGCAGUCGAGUCACGUGCCUGCACUGCGCACCUGUGAGUGACGCCCUCUGGGCAUCUUCGCACUCAGCGGAACGAGGACAUGACAAGGGGAAGGACAAGAGCUUGGAUGGUGGUGGUGGCACUGGUGCGUCUGGUUCUGCUGACUUGCAGGCAUUGCAGGAGAUGCUCAGUCGAAGGGGCUGGAUGCAAGAGGCUUCUGGUUUGCUUGGUGAAGCAGGAGGGGUUUCUGCUGGUGGACAGUUUGCUGCCCGUUUUGGGCUGCCCGAGGGGAAGCAUAAGGAGGAGAGGGAGGAGGGUUUGCCGUACGACUUUGCUGUUGGGUGCAGCGAUGGAUGCAUGCGAUUCUGGAAGGAGAAGGGGGGUGAUGUGGCAAGUGAUGAAGCGAACGCUGCCCCAGCAGCAGCACUAGCAGCAGCAGCAGCAGCAGCAGCAGCAGCAGCAGCAGCAGCAGUGGCAGUAGAAGGAGGAGCAGAAGCUGCAGCGGAGGGGAGCGUCAGCUCUGGAGCUUGGGAAUGUGUUGGCUGCGUUAGAGUCUCCUCUGGACCCGUUAUAAGCACUAGCGCAUGUCCGAGCGGCACCCUCUUCGCGUCAGUGGCAGUAGAGGGCAACAAAGACAGUCAACCAAGGAGCAUUCAGCGAGAGAGGCCCAUGGGACGCCUGUCUAUGGAAGGAGCAGACGAAACAGCAAAUGAAACUGCAAAUGAAACAGCAGAUGAAACCGAGAACGGGUCAGCAGUGGGAUCAACUGUGUCUCUGUGGGAAAUGCUUCCUGCUGCCAUUCCCGGCUGGUCGUCCUUUCGACUGGAAGGAGAGAUCCAAGUCUCCCUGACCACACCACUAGGCUCGGCAGCUGGGGCUGCUUCUGCCGAACCUGCUGCUCUGGAAUGGCUGGGGCGCGAAGCAGUGCUCAUGGCUUGGCACGAUUCCGGCAACGGGCAUUCACUCCUUGCAGUAGCCGCAGCCUCUAGGGUUUGCAUCUUCACACGCGCACGCACGCCUGCUCCUCUCCCCCUUAACCCCAAUCUCGGCCCCCUAGGCUCCCUUGGUGCUGCCACCGCUGCUGAUGGUGUGGCUGGUGCAGGGGGUGGUAGUGGCAUUGCUGCUGCUGGGGGUGGUAGUGGUCUUGGGUCUGCUGGUCAGGACAAGGGAAGUGUAUACCAGGAGUGGAAUCGGUCAGGGGGAAGGAUACAGGAAGCUUCCACGGGGAGGCGUGAUCCAGGGGAGGUGGGGGUGCUGCUGGUUGGCACGGGGCAGCAGCUGCUGGUGAUCAGCCCAGUGAUGAAAGCAGAGGCUGGAGCAGCAGCAGCAGGAGCAGUGGUAGCAGCAGGGGAAGGGGGAGGUUUAGGUCCAGGAGGGGCUAAUGCAGCUGGUGCGAUCCCAGCAGCAGACGGACCAGGCUUCAGGGCAGGAGGGGUUGGGGGGACAGGCACUGCAGCAGCAGCGGCGGCAGCGGUGGCAGCAGGGGGAGACAGGGCAGGGGGUCUAGCAAGCAAGGGCGGGCUUGGGCUUGCUGAUUCCCGGGAACCAUCAGCAGCGGACCUGUCCAUCUCCCCCUGGCUCUCCCCCGCCAGCUCCCUAACCUCCAUGUCGCACCUCAGCCUCACAGACCUGGCAGUUGUGGCCUCCCGAAGCGGCAGGUCCGGGGCUGGCGCGCAGGCUCGGCCCGUGCCUCGGGUGUCGAGCCGGCUGUCUCUGCCUCUCUCUGCAUCGGACCCGGCGCUAGCAGCCGCUCAGAGUGUUCUUGUUGGGGCAGGUGUGGCGGGGGCAGGGGCAGGAGGAGCAGGACGGGGAGGGGUGGGAGGAGGGGUAGGCGGCACAGGAGGGGGUCGGCUGAUGCCAUACACUCCUUCUGCUCCCAACUUUGGCCUUCUGGCGGGUUCUGCAAGAAGUGAUACUGGCAGCAGUGGGGUACGGGGACGGCUUACCAGUGGAGCAGGAGGCGUAGGAGGAGGGGGGAUGGUCCCGGAGGGGGGGUCAGAGGGCGAGGACGUGAAAGUGUCAGCGUUGGUCAAAGCCCUGGAUGGCAGUGGGCGGCUGCUAUUAUCAGAUGCAGUGGCGGCAGUGGCGUCAGUGGUCCCUGAUUACCACCCCACUGCCAUCUGGACUUUGCUCAAUCAGGGCCUUGUUCAAUCCGCCCGGGCCUGCAUCCGCCAUCUCGCUCACUCUCUUGCCUGUUCACUUGCCCAUUCUCUUGCCCGUUCGCUUGCCACGGCCCAUGUGAAUACUCUCUCCUCCUCUUCCGCUCGUUCCCGCGUCUCUCCCUGUGUCCCCUACUCUCAGCUGUGCCUGCCUGCUCCCUCCUCCUCGCUUGCACCUGCCUCGACUGCUGGUGUGGCUGGUGCUUCUGCUGCUUCCAGUGGCCGUUUGUCAGGGGGGUUUGGAGGGUUUGGGGGGGAUUCCACUGGGUACAGCAGCACAUUAGGGAGCAGUAUGGGUAGCAGGCUGGGAGUUGCAGGUUCUGGGUUUGGUGCGGGUAGCAGCGGUGGUGUUGCUGGGGGUGUUGGUGGAGGGAGUAGUGCUGGUGGUGGUGGUGGGGGGUCCAAGGGGGCGUAUAACCCUUUCAGCCUUGUGAACGUGAGGAGUGCUUUGGAUGAUAGUGACGAUGAGGAUGACGAGGGGUCGAGGGGGACGAGGGAGGCAUCAGGAGAGAGCAGCCAGAGCUGGGCUGGCGGCGUUGCUGGUGAAAUGAGUCUUGGAGGAGAGGGAGGUGUGAAGGGUGGUGGUGCCGUUGUGUCUCCUGCAGUGUUGCGGUGGCAGCAGCUGCAGCAGAGGGUGCUGGUGGGGGGGCACGCCCCCUUCACACAGGACGAAGCCACGGCCAUAUUCCAGGUGCUAUCUGAUGCAGGCAGCACUAUUCGCAGUGGCAACAGCAGCAGCAGCAGCAGCAUCAGCAGCAGCGCUGGUGGAGCAGGGGCGGGGGUGCCUGGCUUGACUGCUGGUGAAGCGGACAUGGUGGUAGUGUUGUUGGAUGUGGUGGCUGCGAUGGAUGGGGUGAGCAUCAGAGAGGAGCGAGAGGGGGAUGGUAGCGAUGUAGGUGGUGGCUCUAUCGGGAAGGAGGCUGGCGGAACGGGCACAGCAGCGUCAUCUUCAUUGGCCCGUGCGGUCAUGGCUCUGGAUGAACCGGGGAAAAGGUUCUGGCUUUCGAUGCACCUCUCUCGUGCAGCCAGGAAGCACCAGCAGCGCCGCGCUGCCGCCAUCGCCGCCGCUGCCGCUGCUGCAGCAGCGAAAGAGGCGUCCACUGCAGCAAGCACUAGACUGGGAGCAGGUGCUUCCUCCACUGACCGUAGAGGCAGCAGCAGCAGCAGCAUCAGGCCUGGGGGGGGGUUAUCCGGGGGAGGCGCAUCUGGUGGUGGGAGAGUGGACGGAGGCAAUCAGGUGCAGCAGCAGGGGCAGCAGGGAGAGGGGGAGGGGCAGGGGCAGUUGGAGGUGGAGUCUCGAGCAGUGGCGUGGGCGGUGCACACAGAAUCAGUGGGCGAUCUGGUGAACGCGUGUCUGGAGGAUGCUGACAAGCCCACCUGGGCUGGAUUGAGGGCGCUGGGUGUGGGCUACUGGCUCUGCAACACCAUGCAGCUACGGCAACUGAUGGAGCGAGUGGCGAGGGCGCAGUACCAGCAGCGGCGGGACCCCAAGGACUGUGCACUGCUGUACAUGGUGCUGGACCGCCGCACCGUGCUGCAGGGGCUGCUCAAGCUCAGCAGGGACGACCGCGACAAGAAGCUCGUUGACUUCCUGGGGCGGGACUUCUCGGAGGAGCGCCACAGGGCAGCGGCCCUGAAGAACGCCUAUGUGCUCCUGUCUCAACACAGGUUCGAAUUGGCAGCCACCUUCUUUCUCCUAGGGGAGGACAUCCCCUCCGCCGCCUCUGUGUGUGCGCGCAACCUGCGGGACCCCCAGCUGGCGCUCGUGCUGUGCCACCUGCGGGAGGACAAGGCGGGGGCGGUGGCGUACUCCAGGGAUGUGAUUGAGCGGCUGCUGCUGCCGGAUGCUGCUGCCAAGGGGGACUCUUGGAUGGUGUGCACACUCAAGUGGCUUAUGGGGAGAAAGCUCGAGUCUCUUCAAGACCUUGUUUUAUCCUCCCACCAGCACACCCCCUUCCUCACUCGCUCCUCCUCCUCCACUGCCACCUCAGCACUCACCCCGUCACAACCCGCCACAUCAUCACCAUCACAAGCAGCUGCCACGUCAGCAGCCGAGCCUGCUGGCGCUGAGGUGGCGGCGUUUUGCACCACGGUGGCAAAGAAGCCGGGGUUAGGGGAGGAUACAGAGGCAGUGCAGAGACUAGCAGCAGUGGCAGCAGUUGAGGCUGUGAGCGGGAGUGACCACAUGGGACUCGUGCUGCAGGCUGUACUGGAAAUCACCAAGCAGAGGGGUUCUGGUCUGGUUCAGAGCGGUGCUAAUCAGGUGCAGAGCGGUGCGGGCGGGUUCAGUGGUGGAGCAUGGGAUUUCCAAGACAGCGGCAGCUCAAGAGGCGCAGGUGAAGCAAGCUCUUCUACUGUGUCGAUGCCAUCAGCGUCCAUGCCAUCAGUGCCUAAGGCUGCAGUGUCUGUGCCAGCAUUGGUGGGGGAGGGAUGGGUGCACCCAGCAGUGGUGGCAGCAGUGCAAGCAGCCAAGCUGCGGCAGCUGCUCAGGCAGAGAGCCGCUGCCGGCCUUGCUGCGGCUGGUGAGGUGAAAGGUACAGCAACAACCAAUGAUGGGGGAAGAGCAGAGGGCAGAGGAGGGAGAGGAGGUAGGGGAGGGGGAGAAGGAAGAGGCAGAGUCGGAGGAGGAGCAGGAGGAGGGGACAGUGGUGUGGAGGAGUUGGUGGAGGAGGUGGAAGCAUGGUCCAAGCACUGUAAAGUUGAUGCCACUGCAUCCCUUGCUGCUAUCUCCGCCCAAGCAAUCACCACCUCUCAGCCAUUCCUCUUGUGCCACGUCACCGCCCAUGUGGCACAGUGGGCCAUCCCCAGGCCCCUCCCACCUCCAGAUGCGAUCUCCACCGUCCAUCCACCACACUCCUUUGAUCACCUGCAAGCACACCUCUGCUUGACCGUUCUUCGGAGAGUGGCUGUGUGCUUGUCCCCCGCCCUGUCACGGCUUGUCAUGGGGCGAGGGGUGGUGGGCGGUGGGAGGAGGCGAGUGAAGCGAGUGGGUUUGGGGUCAGGUGGAUCGAGCUGCCAGCCACAGCACCAGCAGUUCCAGCACCAGCAGCAGCAGCAGCAGCAGGGGAGGCAGCGGCAGCAGCAGCAGGGGAGGCAGCAGCAGCAGGCAACGGAGCAAUUGCUGAAUCAUUACCAGGACAAGCGUCUGGGCGUGGAUGCACUGCGAUUGGUCCAUGUGGCAGGGGAGAUCCUCCAGCUGUGGCGGGAAGGCGCAGCGGCAAUGCGAUCAUCCUGUGCCUCUGCUGCUGCUGCUGCCUCUGCUGCUGCUGCUGCUGCCACAGCAAGACAUCCCCCAUCAGGCCCGUCAGUCACUUCUCCCCAAUCCCCCACAUCCUCCAUCCCGCCCCAAAUGGCCCUCGAAGAAUCCGAGGACGCGCUAGAGCAGGGGAUAGAGGCCGAGGGGCGAGCAGUGGAGGCUCUAGCCUUCACCUGCCUCUUAUCCGCAGCCUGGAUCGCCCACAGGCCCCGCACCCUUGCUCACCUGCUGCACCCAGUUGGGGGGAAGGAAGUGGGGGGGAGUGAGGAGGGGGCGUUAGUGGGGCCUGGUCAGGUGGUUGUUGAGGGGAGGGUAAUCGUCCUAUCGGAGGAUGACAUGUGGCGCGUUGUGGGGGCUUCAAUGUGGUCGCUAGUGGAGCGGUAUGUGCGGAAGCAUGCCGUGCCGCCGUCUCUUAUCAGCCGAGCGUUCAGGUCGUUUGGGUGGAUGUCACCUGUCCAGUCGUACCUGCAGCACCAGCAGCAGCCACCACAGCAGCAGGGUCGACUUUUCAACCAAGCCAGCCAUUCUCAGCAGCAGCAGCAUGGGGUGCAACAGGGUCAGGGAGGGCACAGUCCUAUGCAGGCUCCUCCUGCUCACCCGCACCAUCUCUCCCACCUCCUGCCGCCACAGCAGCAACAGCAGCAGCAGCAGCACUGGCAGCCGCCGCACCACUUUGUUCCCUACAGCCCUCCCAGCGGCACCACCACCCCCACCUUCACAACGCCUCCCCUCUCCCCCCACCACCACCCACACGCACUUGUUUCACCCAACCAACACCAACACCAGCAGCACCAGCACCAGCACCAGGUGCAAUACCAGCAGCACCAUCCACAGCUACAGCCGCUCCCUCCUGCUGCUGCCUCCUCGUUCUUCUCCGCUUUCGCCCGUCCAUGGAGCUCCCCUGCUUCCCCUGCCACCUCUUCCUCCUCCACCCUCCCCUCGCCUACUCCCUCGCCUGCUCCCUCGCCUGCUCCCUCUCACCUGAAACCACCAGGAGCAGCAGCAGGGGGGGUGGCGGCAGCAGCUGCCGCGGCAGUGGCAGCAGCAGAAGCAGCAGCAGGCAGAGGAACAGCCAGAGUAGCAGAUUGGGCAGGCGGAGAAGGAAGGGUCGGGGCAGGGGGAGCAAAAGGAGCAGCUGCAGGCACAGGAGCAGCAGGAGGCACAGGAGCAGCAGCAGGGUUUUCUGUUUUCCAUAAUCUCCUGCCAGACGCCUCAGCUGCUGCAGCAGCCUCCGAUGCUCUUGUGCUCGCAUCUGCACGCGUAGCUUCGGCACUGAGACGACAGCUGGCCGCACAUGUGACCACUCGCAUGCAGGUGGGAGCAGGAGCGUGGGGCUCAGGAUUCAGGGGUACAUGUGCUGCUGCUGGUGCUGCUGGUGCUGCUGGUGCUGCUGGUGUUGGUGGUGCUGGUGCUGCUGGUGCUGCUGGUGCUGCUGGUGCUGCUGGUGCUGGUGGUGCUGGUGGUGCUGGUGGUGCUGGUGGUGCUGGUGGUGGUGGUGGAGGUAGUGCUGGUGGUGGUGGGGGUGGUGCUGGUGGUGGUGAUAUAAAGGAUAUGGCGGCUUCGGUUUAUGGUCGCUUGGUGUCACUAGCAGCCACAGAUGGGCUGCUACAGUGGCUGGCAGAUGAAAACUCAGUGCUGCACAGUCAGCAGCACAGUCAGCAGCACAGUCAGCAGCAGAGUCAGCAGCACAGUCAGCAGCAGAUGCACAGCAGUAUUGGCCCGGGGCAUGUAUCACGGCACCAUGGCAACAUCCCCACACACCCAGAUGCUCAUGCCGCACCAGGGCAUAGCACUCACGCCGUCACGGCACACCCGCACACAGCCCUCCCCCCAUCAGCACACCUCACCACCACUGCCAGCAGUGCAGCAACAGCAGGAACCACGUCAGGCACCACCACGGCAGGAGGGCCUUCAGGGGCAGCAGCAGCAACAGCAGCAAUAGCAGCAGGAAUGGCAGGCAGCAGUGUGGCCCUUACAACGAGAUCUGACACAUGCCCUUUGCUCCCUGGGAUACAGCAUACAGUGCUCGAGUCUCCUGAAUCCGGCCCUGUUCUGGUCCUCGCUGCUGCAGCAGAUGUGGCUCAUAUCGAAGCUGCUAAUAAAGGGGCAGAAGGGCCUGGUUUAGCUGGUGCUGGUGCUGCUGGUGGCGCUGGGAAGAGGCUGGAGGGAGGCAGGCCUGGGGUAGGUGCUACUGGUAGGGGACCUUCGAUUUUGGGAAAACAUGCACCAGGAUCCACGGGGGUGGGGGGGGCGAGGGCAGGAGGGGGGAGACAGGAUGAGAGGAAGGAGGGUAGUGGAGUGAAGGGAGGUGGGGGAAGAGGGGAGGAGGGGGAGUGUGAUCUUGGUGAGUGGGGCCGGGCGUGUGGCGAGCUUUGGCAACUUGUGGUCGCAAAAGACAAGCUGCGCAGCGUGCUGGGUGUCGAGGGAUUUGAUUUUGCUGAGCUGGCAGCAUGGAGGGCGAGGAGGGACGCUGAUGUGGCAGCAGCGGAAAGGGCGGCCCGAAAAGCCGCCGCCGCAGCAGCAGCAGGAGGUCCAGGGGGGAGAGGAGGAGGGGGAGGAGAAGCAGGAGGAGGAGGAGGUGGAGGUUGGGGAGGAGAAGGGGGACUGGGGAAGGUAGGAUCUGGGGUAGGUGGAUUUGGGGGAGGGCACAGCCAGGGACAGCAUGGGCUGGGGGGAGCAGCAGGGGAGGGCUGGGGGGGAGAGGGAAAGGGGAGGGGGAUGAGAGGGCAUGCUGGGGGGGGGAUGGAGCGGGUACAGACAGAGGGGGAGUUAGGGCUCGGGGCAGGCGGAUUAGGGUCCAGAGCAGUGUCUACCCCUAGCCUUAUUGGGCUGAUUGGCAGAGAGGGGGAGGUGGGGGGAGGGGGGAAGUGGGGGAGCGCGGGGGGGAGCAUGGGGGAUGUGAGAGAACAGGCAAGGAAGGGGGGAGAGAGUGAGGGGGCGCAGGGAGGACGGGUGAAAGGAUCGAAGGACGGGGACGAGAAGGCGGGAGGGAGAGAGAGGGUAGGAGAGGGAGAGGAAGAGGAGGGGGAGGAGGAGGGAGGGGAGAUGAGUGCACGGUGGGCGGGAAGGGCGUUUGGCGAGCCAUUAGAGGUGCUUAAAACGGGGGGGGAGCUCCUAGAAGGUAUAUGUGUGAAUGCACUGAAUCCAAGGCAAGCCGUGGUGGCCACCAACCGCAAGGGCCUCCUGUUCUUUGACAUCCACUCUAGUUCUCACUCCAAUACCCUCACACUUUCUACCCACCCCGGUGCUGCUACCCACUCCGGUUACCCAGGUUACUCCAAUCACCACGCUCCCAUCCCGCCUGUGUUUGACAAUCUCUGGGCGUCGGCCUGCUGGCCGGCUGACAGCUACGCUGGCAGGGUGGCCACUCCCCCUCCCGCCCACUUUGCUCUGCUCACCCACUCCCCGAGCGGCCGAAUGAAUAUGCCCAGUGGUGCUGGUGGUGCCAGCAGCGUCACUGGCAGUGGUGCUGGUGCUGGUGGUUGGGGUGGGGGAGGGGGGCAGGGCGGGGCGAGCACGGGAAGCAGUGGUAGUGGGAGCGUGGGAGGGGGGGCAAAUAGGCUGGGAGGGUUCGGAAGCAGCAGCUUCAGCAGUGCGAGCAUCGGCAACAGUGCCGCCAAUACCUCCUCCCCGUUCUCCCCGAUAGGCUCGGCAGUGGGUCGGGGCACCGUGGCUCGGGAUUCAUCUUAUGCAGGAGGCGUGGGGAUGGGGAUUCCAGGGUAUGGGGGGAUAGGCGCGUGGGGGCUGGGGUGGGAGGACUUGGAGGAUGCGGAGGAGGGGUAUGUGGACCCACCUGCCACGGCUGAGUCCGUAGCAGGCAGGGCUCUGGCUGCUCAUCCGUUGCGGCCCUUUUUUCUUGUGGGCUCCACCAACACUCACGUGUACCUCUGGCAGUUCGGCGCACCAACAGCCACGGCCACCUAUGGGGUUCUCCCAUCCUCCAACACACCUGUGCCGCUGGUGAUCCCCUCAGUCACCUCGGUGCGCUUCGACCGCUACGGGGAACGAUUCGCCACGGCUGCUGCGGACGGGACGGUGUCGAUGUGGCAGAUGGAGGUGGGCGGGCGCAGCAACGUGAAACCCACCGAGACCAAACACUGCUUUGGGAGAAGUGCAAGUGACGUGGCGUUCAUAGGCCCCAGCAGCAGUGUGGUGGCAGCUGUGGGCUUCAGCCCCUCUCAGGACAACCUGGUCGUGUGGGACUCCCUCGCCCCACCAAACGCCUCUCGAGUAGCCAUCAAUUGCCACCAAGGCGGUGCCACCAGCAUAGCCAUCGUGGAUAACACUGGCCCUGCCACCACAGCCGGAAGCACUGGAGGCGGAGGAAACGGCGGUGGUGGAGGGGGAGGAGGACAGCUGUCAGCGUCCCAUUCGCUGAUCGUGACGGGCGGCAAGGGAGGCGACAUCGCGGUGCACGAUUUCCGGUUCAUCGCCAGCGGGAAGAGCGGCAAGAGAGGGGGCGCUGGCAAAGGGGGGAGUGGAAGCAGCAACAGCAGUGUUGGCAGUACCAUGAGCAGCCCAGGGGGUCCAGGAGACAAAUCCAACAACAGCAGCAGCAGCGGCAGCAGUGGUGGUAGUGGUGGGGAUCGUGCAUUGUGGUACAUCCCCAGGGCGCAUGGCAGCAGUGUGUCGAGCGUGGUGGGUGUGCCCGGCACUCCUCUCUUCCUGAGUGCGUCCAAGGAGGGCGAGGUGAAGCUGUGGGACGCGGCGCGCUGCCGCCUGCUGAGGGAGUGGGCCAAGGUGCAUGAGAAGCGCACGUUCCUCAACGCGCGGGGCUUCGGGGCAGUCAUGCAGGUCGGCGUAAUGGAUAUGAUCCCGUCAAGCCACGGCUUUCUCACAUGCGGUGGAGAUGGCCUUGUCAAGCUGAUUCCAUGCACAAGAUAGCGAUAGAUCUUAGAGAUGUGCACUGUAUGCCUAAUUCGUUGUCCAGAGGCAUGUUAUGUUAUGGUACAUGCUUUUGGAAGAUUUUGAAUGUACGCUUUCGUGCAGUGAAAAACAUAUCUUGCCUUCUUGUAAGGAAAUUCC